AUGCAAGGUUGUCAUCUCUUUCUUAGAAGACCAUGGCAAUCUGAUCGUUUAAGCAAGCAUGAUAGGAGGACUAAUCAGUACUCUUUUGCAUUUAAUGGUCAGAAAUUCACUCACCAUCUUCUUUCUUCAUCUCAAGUGAAUGAGGGUUACCAAAAAUUAAGAGAAUUGAAAGAGAAGGGUAAGAAACAAGGUGAGAAGGAGGACCAAAUUGAGGAGUGUGAUGAAGAAGAGGAGAAGGGAAGGUUAAAAGAGAAGAGUCCCUUGGUGAUGUUGUCUAGGAACAAAGAUCUUUUCAAAGAGCAUGAUGAGAAGACACCCAUGCUCCUCCUAGCCCAUGAUUUUUAUGCUAACCACUCUACUUCUUCUAUCCCCCAUUCUAUUUCCCCUGUUUUGAAGGAUUAUGGAGAUGUGUUCCCAAAGGAGUUUCCCCAAGGAUUACCCCCACUUCAGGCAAUUGAGCAUCAAAUUAAUUUUAUGUCGGGUUCUCAAUUACCCAACAAACCGGCCUACCAAAGUAAUCCAAAGGACACAAAAGAGCUCUAA